AUGGUUGACAAAAAGAUCCUCGUCCUCGGCAGCGGCUUGGUAGCCAAGCCAUGCGUCGAUUACCUCCUCCGAAAUGAGAGAAACAAAUUGACGAUUGCAUGCCGGACCAGGUCCACCGCUCAAUCAUUGGCAUCGAACCAUCCCCGAGCCACGGCCAUCGCCCUUGACGUCGCCUCCACGGAGUUAGACGCUCAUGUAGCAGCCCACGACUUGGUUAUAUCUCUUGUUCCCUUCAUACAUCAUCCGGUCGUUAUCAAGGCCGGGAUAAGGGGCAACACGCAUGUCGUGACAACAAGUUAUGUGUCUCCGGCUAUCAAGGAGUUGGAGGAUGAAGCCAAAGCGGCGGGGAUCACGGUUCUGAACGAAGUUGGUGUUGAUCCUGGCGUGGAUCACUUGUACGCUAUCAAAACCAUUGGCGAGGUGCACAGCAAGGGUGGAAAGAUCAAAGAGUUCCAUUCAUACUGUGGCGGCCUCCCAGCUCCAGAAUGCGCCGACAACCCCCUCCGCUUCAAGUUUUCUUGGUCCCCGCGCGGCGCCCUUCUCUCACAAUUUAACUCGGCCUCGUACCUCCAAGACGGCAAAGAGAUAGAAAUCUCCAACCAAGACCUCAUGGCACAGGCGACCCCAUACUACGUCGCCGACGGAUACUCUUUCGUAGCAUACCCGAACCGGAACUCAGUCCCGUUUCGAGAGUUUUACAACAUCCCCGAAGCAGAGACAGUUGUCCGAGGCUCGCUGCGGUAUGAGGGAAACCCGUCCUUUGUGGCAGCGCUGAUAACGCUAGGGUGGUUGAAUACGCAGUCGAGGGCGUGGUUGGAGAAGGAAAGCGGCGGUUUGACGCUGAGGGAAGUAUUUGGCCGAACAAUAAGUUCUCAUGGAUCUGAUGAAGAAUCCCUCAUUACGCGCAUUGAUGAGUUGUGCGGGUUCUCAGACAACGUAGAGAGAGAGAGAAUCAUCUCAGGGUUGCGUUGGAUUGGAUUGUUCUCCGAAACGCCGGCCACCCUUCGAGGAAACCUUCUCGACACACUCUGUGCCGAGCUCGAGCGGCUCAUGAGUUUCCAGCCCGGUGAACGGGACUUGGUCAUGCUCCAGCACAAGUUCGUCAUUCAAUGGGAAGACGGUAGAAAGGAGACAAGAACCUCGACACUGGAGCUUCUGGGAGACCCCGAUGGGCAUUCUGCCAUGGCGAAAUCGGUCGGCGUUACAUGUGGCAUCGCUACCCAGCUGCUGAUUGAUGGCGAGCCGGCCCUGAAUGUACCUGGGGUACUAGCGCCUUACACAGCGGAGAUCUGCGACCCAAUCCGCGACAAGCUUGAGGAGGAGGGUAUUAAAUUGAUUGAGAAGACUCUUUAG